ACUUCCCCCCCCCCCCAGGUAUUUGACCCUCCGCGCGUCAUGUUUGGUCAUCCAACGAUGGUUUCGCCGAGUCACCCAAACACUGCCCUCUAGAGUUGAGUUGCGUCGUAAGCGACUCAGCGUUAUUAUCAUUCAAUCACACGUCAGGAGAUUCUUGGCCAAGAUGAAUCAGCAAAAAUUAAAACAAAACAAUGACUUGCGGAAAAAUCGAGCGGCUUCGAUAAUUCAGCGCAAAUGGAGAGCAACAAAAGCAUCUCGUAUUGAACGUGAUCGAUAUUUAAGACUGAAGUCGUCGGUUGUUGUCAUUCAAUAUUGCUGGCGAGGCUAUUUGUUGCAUAAGAAGUUCAACUUGGUGGAGGUUGCUACAGUUUCCAUUCAACGCUGGUGGCGUGCCUGUCUAGGUGUGCGUCGUCGAGCUGCUAUGACAAUUCAAUCAGCAUGGAGAUCAUAUAAAACAAUGAAAACGGAACGUGAACGAUAUUUGUUGAUUAAAAAAUCAACGUCAACAAUUCAAUCAACAUGGAGAUCAUAUAAAACAAUGAAAAUGGAGCGUGAACAAUAUUUGUUGAUUAAAAAAUCAACGUCAACAAUUCAAUCAGCAUGGAGAUCUUAUAAAACAAUGAAAACGGAACGUGAACGUUAUUUGUUGAUUAAAAAAUCAACGUCAGCAAUUCAAUCAGCAUGGAGAUCAUAUAAAACAAUGAAAACGGAAAGAGAACGAUAUUUGUUGAUUAAAAAAUCAACUUCAACAAUUCAAUCAGCAUGGAGAUCUUAUAAAACAAUGAAAAUGGAGCGUGAACGAUAUUUGUUGAUUAAAAAAUCAACGUCAACAAUUCAAUCAGCAUGGAGAUCUUAUAAAACAAUGAAAAUGGAGCGUGAACGAUAUUUGUUGAUUAAAAAAUCAACGUCAACAAUUCAAUCAACAUGGAGAUCUUAUAAAACAAUGAAAACGCAACGGGAACGUUAUUUGUUGAUUAAA